AUAGUUUAUUAUAUUGUAGCCUUAAUUAUAUCCCACUUAUUAUUUUUAGUGUGAAUUUUGUUAAGAAUGUAAAUUCACCUGUCGAUUACAUCUAAAAUAUCCGAUUUUUUUCAAAAACCACCCACAAGAAUGGUUUAAACAUUAAAAUUGCCGCCAUGAAUCACGUGGCCAAACGGACUCAACAAACCUGGUGAGUGGGGGAAAUCCAAGAUGUCUGUUGUCUCUGCAAUCCUGUGAAAGUACCCUUAAGUAAUUUGCUGAUUUUUUGUUUGAUGUUUGUGAUUUGUAUAUUUAGCAGUUUUAUUCGCGUUUUAAAUGAGUGCCUUCCAGCAGUAUUUAAAUAAGGUUAAUUAUUUAUAUAAUUGUUGAUUUGGAAGAUUUUGUCAUCAGAAAAAGUAGGUUAAUCUAAACUGUAGUAGAAAGGGGCGGCGUUUUGCUUUUGACACUUUUAUUGCGAUCAGCUGUUAUUUUGAUACUGGAUGAUACGUAAAUGUCUUCGGACAAUGUAAUCAUUUGUACUAUUGAUAUGCGAGGAGUUGAAUCUCUACAGCGUUUAAAGAAUCAGCAGUUUUUAGAAAUCUUAGAAUGGAAGACGUUAGCGAACAAUUCCGUUACGUGUACAGCUCUUCUGUUGAGACCAGAAUUCAAAUAAAAAUAGGGACACUUGAAGGAAAAAGGCAACGGCCAGAGUAUGACAAAUUAUUGCAAGAGCCCAUGCUCAAAUAUUCUGGAUUAUAUGGAGCGGGCGGUGGGAGAGGUGAUUUAGCAGCUUCAUUACAAGUUUGGGCUGGUGGAAGAGCUCUUGCCUUGCCUGUUCACACAGCUUAUAAACAUUUUACAUCUCGCUGGAAUUGGAACCAAUGGGUGACCUUGCCCAUAUCAUAUUCAGAUUUACCUCGAGACGCUCAAUUAUGCAUAACUUUAUAUGACUGUGCUGGGCCAGGUCAACAAAUUCCGGUAGGUGGUACCGCCAUUUCUCUCUUUGGAAAACACGGAGUUUUUCGUCAGGGUAUGUUAGACCUGAAGGUCUGGCCUGGAGUCGAAGCCGACGGAAGAAAUCCAUCGUCAACUCCGGGAAAAGCGAGGGAUCAUGGGAAGGAACAGAUGCAGAGACUAGCGAAACUUGCUAAGAAACACAGAAAUGGUCAGAUGAGCAAAGUCGACUGGCUCGAUCGAUUAACAUUCAGAGAAAUUGAGUUAAUCAAUGAACGAGAGAAAAGAGCUUCUGAAUAUUUGUAUCUCAUGGUGGAAUUUCCAGAAGUCACAAUGAAUGGCAAAUCAUGUUCCAUUGUCUAUUAUGAAAAAGAUGUCGAUGAAGACGUGCAACCAAGAUCACAGCCAGACGUUGUUACAUUGCCAGAUUGCGAAAUUUUGCAAGAGAACCUUGUGGAAGCCAAACAUCACAAAUUAGCCCGAAGUUUACGCAGCGGUGGAAAUACGAAAGAAUUAAAACCUACUUCUAAUGUUCGCGAUGACCUAAACACAAUUUUGGCUUAUCCUCCAACAACAGCGCUUUCCACAGAAGAGCAAGAUUUAAUUUGGAAAUUUAGAUUUUAUCUUUCGACACAGAAGAAAGCACUCACAAAAUUCGUUAAGUGUGUAAAUUGGAAAGUCCCGGGUGAAGAGCGUCAGGCUCUAGAAAUGCUUUCCUUAUGGGCACCGCCGGAUCCAGAAGAUGCUUUGGAACUUCUUGGUCCUGCGUUUACCCAUCCAGAAGUGAGAAGAUACGCCAUUGGUCGCCUUAAUCAUGCUCCUGAUGAUGAUCUCAUGCUGUAUUUGCUCCAAUUAGUUCAAGCUUUGAAAUAUGAAGAUUUCGAGAGUAUUAAGGCUGCUAACGACAGUUUAGUUAAAGAGAAGGACGUCGAAAAGAACGAUAAGUUUGAUAAGGAUUUGAGAACUAGUGACCAAUCUUCAACGCCUUUGACCACAUCGAUUGAAUCCGAACUCUCUUCGAAUCAAGAAUCUCCGAUGGACCUGUCGUCGUUUUUAAUAACUCGUGCAUGUCAGAACUCAAUGCUGGCAAACUAUUUUUACUGGUACCUUUGUAUUGAGUGUGAAGAGCAACCGGAUCCAGCAAUAACUGCAAAGCAAGAUACUCGAGUCCGGGAAAUGUACCUAACUGUGAUGAAAAUGUUUUCCAAUGCUCUGGCUCGAGGGAACGCAGUUUGGCAAAAGCGAAGGGCAUUUUUAAAACGUCAGAAAAUAUUCAUUGAUCAGUUGGUUUCGCUUAUUAAGGCUGUUGCAAGAGAAAGCGGAAAUCGAAAGAGAAAGACGGACAGGCUUAAAGCUUUGCUCGCAGAUCCUGACCCUCUUUUUAAAAUCAAUUUCUCCAAUUUCGAAGCCAUUCCGUUCCCACUCGAUCCGGAAAUUUGCAUUAAGGGAAUUAUUCCCGAAAAGGCAAGUCUUUUUAAAUCGGCUCUUAUGCCUUCAAAGUUGACGUUUCUAACGACAGAAAACAGUGAAUAUAUUGCGAUAUUCAAGCACGGAGAUGACCUGCGCCAAGAUCAACUUAUUCUGCAGACUAUAGCCUUGAUGGAUAAACUGUUACGAAGAGAGAAUUUAGACUUGAAAUUGACUCCUUAUAGAGUUUUAGCAACGAGUACAAGGCAUGGAUUCGUUCAAUUUAUUGAGUCCACGACUGUUGCUGAAGUUUUGGCCAGCGAGGGCUCGAUAUUAAGUUUCUUCCGAAAACACCAUCCCUCUGAAACUGGACCAUAUGGCGUUACUUCUGAAGUUAUGGAUACAUACGUACGAAGCUGUGGUAAGAUAUAUUUCAUAGCUAAUCCUGAAAAUGGAAAAGUUGCAAACGAAGGAUAUUCUACAAUUAUUUAUUUUUCAGCUGGUUACUGCAUCAUAACAUAUGUAUUGGGAGUCGGCGAUAGGCAUUUAGAUAAUUUGCUCCUUACUACCUCAGGAAAGCUAUUUCACAUCGACUUCGGUUACAUUUUGGGCAGAGAUCCAAAGCCACUGCCUCCUCCGAUGAAACUCAGCAAAGAAAUGGUAGAAGCAAUGGGCGGUGUUGGUUCUGAGCACUACCACGAAUUCAGAAAACAGUGUUACACUGCCUUCUUGCAUUUGAGACGGCAUGCAAACCUAAUUCUGAAUCUUUUUUCACUCAUGGUCGAUGCGAGUGUUCCUGAUAUCGCCCUGGAACCUGACAAAGCUGUAAAGAAAGUUCAGGAUAAAUUGAGGCUCGACCUAAGCGAUGAAGAAGCUGUGCACUAUGUACAAAAUCUUCUUGAUUUAUCGGUGACUGCCGUGAUGGCUGCACUGGUGGAACAAUUUCACAAAUUUGCACAGUACUGGCGUAAAUGAAAAUACGAUUCUAACUGUUGGCGCAAAUUAGUGAGAGUGCAAAGAGUAGACUGUUGAUGCAAGAGUGCGCAUAAAAAUGUACAUAUAUAAUGUAAAUUAUUGUUUUUGAAGUUGUUUUCAAUAAACUAUUUUA